CCGCUUGCAGCUAGAAGGAUGUUUUACCAUGUAUCAUUAGAACACGAAAUUCUUCUUCAUCCAAGAUAUUUUGGUCCCAAUUUACUCAACAUUGUAAAACAGAAACUGUUUACAGAGGUUGAGGGAACCUGCACUGGCAAAUAUGGUUUUGUUAUAGCAGUAACAACUAUUGAUAACAUUGGAGCAGGGACAAUACAGCCCAGUCGAGGAUUUGUGGUGUACCCAGUCAAAUACAAAGCCAUUGUGUUCAGACCGUUUAAAGGAGAGGUUCUUGAUGCUGUGGUAACACAAGUUAAUAAGGUUGGAUUAUUCACAGAAAUAGGACCCUUAUCUUGUUUUGUAUCAAGACAUUCAAUACCAGCUAACAUGGAGUUUGACCCAAAUUCAAAUCCACCUUGCUACAAAAACAAAGAGGAGGAUGAGGUCAUUCAACAAGAUGAUGAAAUCAGACUCAAAAUAGUGGGAACAAGAGUUGAUGCUAAAGAUAUAUUUGCAAUUGGAACCUUAAUGGAUGAUUAUUUAGGAUUGUAAGCUGUACAGGAAGACAGACUUUUAUUCAUUAUCAUUGUCAUAAUGUCAUUGUAAAUAGGAUUCACUCAUUAAACUUUAAAAACAGAAA